CGGCCGGCGCGGGCCGAGCCCCGGACAGGGGCCGCCAUGAAGCUGAGCACGCAGGCCUACUGCAAGAUGGUGCUCCACGGCGCCAAGUACCCGCACUGCGCCGUCAACGGGCUCCUGGUGGCCGAGAAGCAGCCGCCGCCGCCGCCGCCCCGCGGCCGGGAGCCGCCCGCCCUCUUGGUCGACUGCGUGCCGCUCUUCCACGGCACCCUCGCCCUGGCGCCCAUGCUCGAGGUGGCGCUCACGCUGAUUGAUUCAUGGUGCAAAGAGAACAGCUAUGUAAUAGCUGGAUACUAUCAAGCCAACGAACGUUUGAAGGACGCCAGUCCAAACCAGGUUGCUGAAAAGGUGGCGUCCAGGAUUGCAGAGCAUUUCAGUGACACUGCGCUUAUCAUGGUGGAUAAUACGAAAUUUACAAUGGAGUGCAUAGAGCCUGCCGUCCACGUGUAUGAGCACCACGAAAACAAAUGGAGAUGUAAAGACCCCCACUUUGAUUACUGUGAAGAUUGGUCAGAAGCCCAGAGGAUCUCUGCCUCGCUUUUGGACAGCAAGUCCUACGAAACGCUAGUGGAUUUUGAUAAUCACUUGGAUGACAUCCGAAACGAUUGGACAAACCCAGAGAUUAACAAAGCCGUCCUACACCUCUGUUAGGUUUCCACUGACUUGGCUUAACUGGUAUUUCCACUCUGCUGAAGAAAGAG